AUGCAUCUCAAGGUAUUCGCCCCCUUUUUGACAGGCUCUGCCUUGUUCUGCUUCCUCGUGGUGUCGCUGGCUGCUGGUAUCGGGCCUCAACCAGAGCUGUCACUCUCGCUCCUCCAAGCACACCAAGUCCCCCAGCACCCAAUUCAAGUGCGGACGCCGCCAACAUUCAACGAGGCGUCCUCGAAGACGUGGGAUCCUUUGCCGCCAAACUGGUUCUUGGGGAACUGGUUCAUCACCCACUCCAACCAAGAGCUCUACCACAUCUUUCGGAAUUUCAUCUGGACUCUCACGCGGCCUUGUGCGGACGACGCCUGCUACUCGCUCGAGGCCACACACCUCGCCGACUUGGCGUCCUUCCAGCUCGUGAAUGACACGGAGAAACCGAAUGCCACUUACUUCGGGUACUCGCUUGACACGGUCAUCGCUGCUGGCGGCGGUGGUGCCUACCAAAGCGUGCCCACAGCCUCCCUCGCCGCGCAGAACAACACGUACGAAGUCAUCAGCUGGGGCUACGACUCCCAUGGAGCAGGCUUUGUGGUCCUGUAUGAGACGCCUGCCGCGUCAGAGACGGUGGCAUCCUUGGAUAUUUGCAGCCGGACACCCUCGGGCCCGACCAAUGACACUCUCGAUGCCAUCAAGUCCGGCAUUCAAAAGCUGGGUAAUAAAAAGCUGAUUGGUUUGUUGAAAAAUGUGACCAAGACGCCGCAGGACGGAGGCAGGGACAAUGAGCCCUGGCCUUCGUGUAAUGCCACUUGCAGAACCAAUGGUAACAAAAUCCUUUUCUUUCACCGUUUGUCACACAACUCCCAACCUGCUCUCGCUGGCAUAGACCCGUGUGGUCACGUUUCAUUUGCUGAUAUGCUCACCAGCAUAUUCCGUGCCGCUUUGAACAACAGAAUGAAGCCGAGGAGAGGUCGCCCCGGAGCGUGGGAACAUGGAAUCGAGAACUCUGGAAUGCUUGCAUGA